AUGAUACCUCAAAUUUGUAAACAAUCUUAAAUAUGUAUGUAAAAACGGACUAUAAAUAUCGAUUUUAGUGAUAAGAUGAAUCGAUCAGUAUCCAACGUGUUCUAUAUUAUCGUUCUAUAUUAUCGUAUAAAUAUCAUCGAAAUAUCGAUUACCAUGAAAAAAUGUUAAGACUUCAUACUUUUGUCCAGAUCUCAGACAUGCGGUGGUACUUCCUUUUGUUAGCCUUGACACAUUAUGUUGUUGCUACCCCAGUCAACGCACGUUAUUCGAUUCAAACAGCUAACGACUAUGCGACUACUGGAUGUUGCUUCUGCCAGUUCGAAGAUACGCAAUAUAUGAGCCGCAUCUGCGACAGUACUUUUAUGACAUUAGUUCAACAUGUAAUAUCUUCCAGAUGUGAUAUCGCUGAUCCUUGCCGACGAUUAGGCAAAGAUGAAACACCAAAUGAAAAUGAAUGGUUCGACUUUGUAAUUGUCGGUGCAGGUGUGGCAGGUCCAAUAAUAGCGAGAAGAUUGAGCGAUAGUCCAUGGAGAAAGAUUUUGCUUAUCGAAGCUGGUCCGGAAGAACCUACAAUGACAGCUAUACCAGCAUUUGCUUUCAAUGCCGUGAAUACAACCCUCGAUUGGAACUUCAAGACGGAACCAACAUCACCGCAUCCUACCGCCUGUUUGAAAACGAAUGGCGUCUGCACGUGGCCAAGAGGUAAAAUGGUCGCCGGAACUGGUGGCUUACACGGUAUGAUGUACAUCCGAGGACAUCCUGAGAUCUAUAAUCGCUGGGCACGGGGGAACUUGGGGUGGUCGUAUGACGAGAUCAGUUAUUAUUUCGAACGAGUGGAAAACCCGAUUGACCCAACAAUCUUAUCAGAUAAGCCCAGAAGUUUAAAAGAAAAUGGUCCGAUGAAUAUUCAGUAUUAUCCGCACAAGCCAGAUUUCGCGGAUGUGCUGUUGACAGCCGCUGGUGAGCUGGGUUACAGGACUUCCCAGUUGAAAGAAUACAACCAAACCGGCUUCAUGGUCGCGCCGAUGACGAUUAAAAAUGGUAUGCGUCUCACAACUUCGAGAGCAUACUUGAGGCCCGUUCACGAUCGUAAGAACCUGCGAGUAUUGACAAACACGCAUGUCACCAAGAUCUUGAUUAGUCCAUGGGAACAAAAAGCUUACGGCGUGGAACUGAUGGAUAAGAACGGCAACAAGAAAGUAGUAAAAUGCGAUAAAGAGGUAAUUUUAACAGCCGGUACUAUUGGUUCGCCGCAUAUUCUUAUGAAUUCCGGUAUAGGGCCCGAAAAAGAUCUCACCAAGCUUGGUAUUAAGGUAUACAAAAACUUGCCAGUCGGCAAGAAUCUGCAUAAUCACGUGUCCGUGGGGGUGGCCAUGAGUAUCAGAGACAUACCGUACGAAGUUAUAACCAUGGACGCUGUAAAUGAAUAUCUGGAAAAUAAGACGGGUCCGUUGGCUAGCACCGGAAUAACUCAAGUCACUGCUUUUCUCGAGAGUAGCUAUGCAAUCAAUGGUAUUCCAGAUAUCCAAGUCUUUUUCGACGGUUUCAGCUCCACUUGCUCAAAAACCGGUCUACUCAACGAAUGUAUCAACGGUAGAGCUCAAUCCGGUUGUCCGGAUAGGAGAGAGAUCGUGGCGAGACCUACGGUUGUUCUCGCGGAGAGUCGAGGCGAUUUAAAACUUCGUUCGAACAAUCCGUUAGAUCCACCAAUGAUAUAUCCAAAUUAUUUCACGGAAGAAAAGGAUCUGAUGAUUCUUCUCGAAGAUAAAAAAAUUAGCAAGCUCGUCGAUACAUCUGUUAUGAAAAAGUGGGAUCUUCGUUUGGAACAAGUGAGAAGUCCAUUGUGCCACGACUAUCAUUUUGGUACGGAUGCUUUCUGGAUGUGUCAAAUAAGAGCGGAAACUGGACCGGAAAAUCAUCAAUCCGGAACAUGCAAGUUGGGGCCAAGUACCGAUCCAAACGCAGUAGUAGAUUCGGAACUUCGAAUACAUGGUAUAUCAAAUAUUCGUGUCGCUGAUGCUUCCAUCUUUCCCAUUGUGCCAAACUCGAAUCCUAUUGCUGGGAUCAUGAUGGUGGCCGAAAAAGCAGCUGAUAUGAUUAAUAAUGCAUGGCCGCAGAAAUAUUAAAUGUAAAUGUUAAAAAAUUAAAUUAAAUGUAAAUGUUCCGGAUUGUAAUAACAAAAACGAUACACGCGCAUGCGUGUGUGCAGCGUGUGUGUGUUGUGCAAAGAUAAAUAAAACAAUUUUAAAUAAA